GUGUCGGGGGAAUCCCAUUCGUGGCGUAAUCCUGACAGCUGCUUCGACAGCAACGAUGUCAAACAAGAUUUUAGUACGGCUUUGACGGCAAACCGUUCGCACACGAUCUGCUGGCGGCGGAACGCGCUACACAAUAGUCAGUGUACACGUAGCCGGCGGCGAAGGAAAGUGACGCCUAGUAGCAGUAGUGCUUGGUGGCGGCAAGCCCUUAUCACCGGUGCCAUCUUCCUACUGGCGUUGCUGCCAGUGACAUUCGCGGGAACUCCCAAGUACGAAACGGCAUACGCUUGCGAGGGCAAAACGCUCAUGAUUGAGUGUGAACCGGGAGAUUUGAUCAAUCUAAUCCGCGCGAACUACGGCCGAUUCUCGAUCACCAUAUGCAAUGAUCACGGUAAUGUGGACUGGAGCGUCAACUGUAUGUCGCCGAAAAGCUUGCGGGUGUUGCACUCUAAAUGCGCACAAAAGCAGAACUGUUCCGUGCUUGCCUCGACCAGCAUGUUCGGCGAUCCGUGUCCCGGUACGCACAAGUAUCUUGAGGCACACUAUCAGUGCGUGUCGGCGGCGCAAUCCUCCACCACCACGAAUCGACCGAGUCCACCGUGGCUUAAAACAUCGCAGCCGAUCGUUUGGAGUACCUCGACUGUGCGGAGCCCGGUAUUGAGUCGGCUCAAUCUAACCACCGAUCUAGGGGGAGGAGAGGUUGCGGUAGUGGCUGCCGUCACUCCAGCCCUAUCAACGCCGCCAGCAACGAUACGACCGGCGGGAGGAGGAAGCACCGGUACCAAAACCAGUCAAUCACCGACCACGUUCCGCAACAAGGGUUUCGAAAAUAAGAGCGUCAACGAUGAUCUUGCCAUCAUUAAGACAAUUGCUGAUCGAAAGAAAGGAACCGGCUCGGUUGAUUCGCCAGGUCCAAGGGCACCGUCCGGUGGGACAGAAGAUGACAGAACCGCUUCGGCGGGUGGUGGAAACGCAAAAGAGGAAGAGGAAGACGAUGGUGCGGAUUUGUUUCCCACCCAAACUGCAGUAUUAUCAGGCGCUGCGGCACCACCGGGCGUUGUCGUGCGGAAGGAUCCGAUCGGUACGAGCGUCAAUGGUGGUGGUAACGUUCACAUCGACAUCAGCCAUGCGUGCGGACCAAGUACGGCACGUAACCUGUUCUGGAAUGUGACGCGCGUUGGUGAAGUGAAUGUACAACCCUGUCCGGGCGGUGCUACCGGUAUUGCCAAGUGGCGAUGUGUUGCAAUUGCUUCGCUAACUCCCGAGCAGCGCGUCCAUCUGCAGCAGGAACAUCAGCAGAUGCUGCAGAUACAGGCAGCACAGCAACAGCCGUCCGGUGGCAAUGGCGGCAGCUCUGGAGUACAGUCGCCGGACGAUAGCGGUAGUGGUGGCAAAGGUGAUAUUAGUUUUAGUAGCAACAGUGUUGCCCUUAGCGAUAAGCAAUCGAUGGUCGGUGCCGCUACCUGGUACGCGUACCGACCCGACCUAACGCAGUGUCGUAGUCUGUGGCUGAACAAUCUAGAGGUGCGUGUACAGCAGCCCGAAUCAUCGCUCAUCUCAAUUGCGAACGAUCUGGCACAGGUGACGAGCAGCAAAACGUUGUACGGCGGGGACAUGCUCGUCGCUACCAAGAUUAUACAGACAAUGUCUCAGAAGAUGCAUUACGAUAUCGAGACAAUACCGGAUCAGCGGCAACGUGAAGCGCUGGUUUCGGAACUGCUGAACAGUGUCGUUAAGACCGGCAGCAAUCUGCUCGAUCAAUCACAACACGCCAGCUGGUUGGAUUUGAGCGUAGAGGAUCAGAUGCGUGUCGCAACUUCACUACUGACUGGGCUGGAGGACAAUGCGUUCCUGCUCGCCGAUACAAUUCUGCGUGAAAAGCACGUUGUGCAGAAGGUGAAGAACAUUCUGCUCUCGAUACGCGUGCUCGAGACGCGCAACUUUGCCAAGAGUACGGAGCUGUUUCCUGACUCUUCCACUGAACGGUGGCAGGUCAGCAAUGAUCAGAUCGAGCUACCGAAGGCGGCGUUGAUCGAAAACAGUGAGGGUGGUUUGGUACGGAUCGUGUUUGUAGCAUUUGAUCGGCUGGAACAAAUACUGCGGCCACAGUUUAGCAAUAUUCAGCAGCAACAACAGCAUGCGGGCGGUGCCGGCGCAUCGUCUGUUCGGGCUGAACCAAGUCAGCUUCAUCAUCUCGACACGGAAGGUGUCGCCUCGACCAACGUUGCCGGACUGGGCACUGGCAACGGUGAUCGUUUGGGAGUGAACGAUGGCAGCACCAUUGGAUCGUCCGCUGUGGGAGGUACGGGAACGCGUACUGAUUCAGCAUCGCAGUCCGAGACGAUUACGCCACGUUUGCGAUUGCUCAACAGUAAAGUCAUAUCCGCCAGUCUUGGCAAAGGUCGGCACAUUCAACUUUCGCAACCGAUUCGCAUGAUACUUCGUCAUCUGCGCACCAAGAACGUAUCUAAUCCAACGUGUGUGUUCUGGAACUACAUCGACCAUGCGUGGUCUGAAGAUGGUUGUCACGUGGAGCACACGAACAGUACACAUACAGUGUGUAUGUGUAACCAUUUAACGAAUUUCGCUCUGUUGGUGGAUGCAGUAGACGACGAAACGCAGCUGUCCCUGUUAUCAAAUCUGGACGAUAGUUUACUGCUUUACAUUGGCAUAGCGGUACUGGUCGUUGUGGUCGUUGUGGCACUAUUCGCACGCAAACUAUGCCACGGAGCGGUGCUCGCUAAGCUGCGCAACGGUGGUCCAGAAGCUAAUGCGGGCGGUCUGCGUGGUGGUGCGAUUGAUCGUGAUCCUGCUGGAUUGUCGAUUUCCGCACAUCAUGGCACCGUUGCAGGACGAUUGCAUCAUCAUCAUGGCGUGAGCAACAAUGCGGGUGUAGACUUGCAUCACCCGACCGUUGCUACGGCGGGCCAUCACCAUCAUCACAUGGUGCAUCAUCAUCUUCCACCGCCCGGUACCGGUCAUCAUCUGCUAGUAGCGGAUGAUUUCCACCAUCAACAGCAGCAACACCCGACGAACAAUCUGCACAAUCAUCAUCCGAACAAUUUGGGCAGCAAUCAUCACGCAAACAGCAACAACCUGGUGACGACCACCUUCAACAAUCUGAACGGUGGCGGCGGCAUCGGUGGUCCGGGCAACUGUUCCCCAUCGCCACCGGGCAGCGGAUACGAGCAUCACCAUCCGGCGCAUCAUCUCGCGCGGCUGAACAACAAUGUAAAUGUUAAUUUUAAUAGCAAUAAUAAUAGUAGCAUUAGUAGUAGUAGCAAUAGCAAUACUAAUAACAGUGUCCUGCUCACUAGUAGUAGUGGCAAGGGCGGUGACGAUGUGCUAGUGAAACCCUUUCCAUCCUAUCGAACCAAUAAUAAUCAAAUCAAUCUAUUACGCGCAGCCAAUCAUCACGCACAACAACAACAGCAGCAGCAGCACCACCAGCAGCAGCAACAGCAGCAGCACCGGCAGCACCAACAAUCUGCACCAUCAGCCAACGCACCAUCUGCAGCAGUCCUCCUUCAGCAGCAACAGCACCACCACCGCCACCACCACCACCAAUCGCAAGCUGCCGCAACCGCCGCUGGUGCCAUCCUCCUACAAGGGCUCGGCAGUGAUGGCAGCCCAUCAUCACCAUCAGCAUCAUCUCUAAUCGCGUCCACCUCGCUGAUAACGACAACGCACGCACCGGUCCCGGCUAGCUCGCAGAAGAUUUCACCGAUGGGGAAAGGAAGUGGUGGUGGUGGUGGUGGUGGAAGCCUGGAUAGUAGCGGAAGUGAUCAUAGCAGUGGGAGUACUACGGCCGCCGAGAUGGUCGCAUACAAUCUGAGCGGUGAGGUCGGCGAUGUUGGUAUCGGUACGGGUGUCAGCAAUGGAGAUUCCCCUGGGCACCAUCUACAUCUGCACCACCAUCAGGGCAGUAUCGGGAGCAGUGCGUCCUCGGGAUUGCUAGUAGUUGCUGCGGGCGGUAAUGCGGGUGGUAGUGUGAGUGCUGGCACGGUCGGUACGAUCACUUCGUCCGCUUCGUCGAACGCCAGUGCUAGUGUGCCACUGCUCCAUCACCACCACCAUCAUCAUCUGCAUCACCACCUGCAUCAGCAUCUGCAUCCUGGGGGUGCUGCAACAUCUGCUUCCGAACUCAACGCCGUACCCAUCCCGAGCAAACGGAAUCUCUGA